AAAUCAGUGAGGUUGCGGCUCGACCCUUGCCUCCCAAUCCCAACGGACCAAUUAAGCAGGCCGGCCGUGCACUCAGCACCGCUAAACGUCGGCUUGGCACAGCGAUCAUUUGCUGACAUUCAUGAUUCGGUCCCGAUCGCGAUCAUGAAGCACAAUGAGCACGAAGUCCAGGUGGUGGUCGAUGGGACGCCCUUAGAAGAGUUCAACGUGGACGAAAAGUUCGAUACUGUCACCAAUACUUGGACGUACACUGGCGAAAUUGCGUACACACACGAUAAGAACUUUCAGUUCCAGAUGCUUUAUACUGCUCAAAAGCAAGGCCAUGGCGUGAAGUACGACGCGUAUGUCGACGGUCAGGCGGCGUGUGACCUGAUCGUUAUAGGGAAGCUCGAUGAGGUCACCACAGAGUGCAUCGAAGGAUUUGAGCAGCCUGGCUCCGUGCGACCUUUCCGUUGGACUCGUCUCGGGCUAAGACAGAACGCCCCAGUCUCUUCAGAUUCAGAGCCUCCGUCGGAUGUAGGCACGCUGUCAAUGCUGCUAAAACCUCGGCGCAAUUGCGUCUACACAGGCAACCCCUUCACCGCGUAUUCGGACAAGCCAUUCAACCCUGCUGCACGCAGUCCCUCCUCAACAGCCAUCAAAUUUGCUAUUGUGACUUGCGAUGACCCUAUAGCCUCGCGUUUCAUCACAAUCGAUAGCCGGCCUGAUCGCACACGGCCUCGUGUGGUGAUGCGAUGGACAUACAUGUUGAGGGAUUUGAUUGUGGAGAAGCGCCGACAGGGCGUGCAAGAAUCCGCUGGACGCGAGGGGAAAGCGCCGACCGCCGCGGGAGUAGGUGGCUUAAGCAUUGCGAGCCGAUCCAGAGUGCUCUCAAGUGCUGACACCCACAUUUGACCAUGCGCCUGCUUAUUGCCGAGCGGCCUAGCAGAAACGCAAGCGGGACAUCAAUGACGAAACCGAGCGCCUGCAAGCCAGACUUCUACAACUUAAGCAAGAGCUCGAAGAGCUCGAGCCUUCGGUGUCCCGCGUCAAGCAAGAGAAGAAU